AUGUCUGCCGUGACGACUUCCAGCACGAAUGUUCCAGCAACCUCUGCGGCCACAGCGCUGUCAAGUAAUACGGGAGACAUGCCAAGUAUCAGGCUCGUUCCGCAUGUCGACCACUCUGGCCGACAUUCGCUUCAAUUUGAGCCAAUCGAGCGCUCAGUGAACGAUAAGACCAUCAUCAAGGUCGGGCGCUUCACAGACAAGCAAAACUCCGUCUGCGAAACCCUUAUCACCUUCAAAUCGAAGGUAGUAAGUCGAAGUCAUGCCCAUAUCUGGUGUGAGGGUGGACAGUGGUUUGUGAAGGAUAUCAAGUCGUCUUCCGGUACUUUCUUGAAUCAUAUCCGCCUUUCGCCACCGAACACAGAGUCAAGGCCGUUCCCGCUCAAGGACGGUGAUGUGCUGCAGCUUGGAAUUGACUUCCGUGGUGGUACGGAGGAGGUUUACAGGUGUGUGAAAGCGCGCGUGGAGGUGAAUAAGUCAUGGCAGAGGACUUUGAAUCAGUUCGAUGUCGCUGCCCAUAAGCACAUUCGCAAUCUCGCGGCUGGCAAGCCCAUCGCUGAUAGCGAUAAUGCUUCUCUCAACAGCUCUGAAUGCUGCAUUUGUCUAUUCCCCAUCGCGCCAUGCCAGGCAUUAUUUGUUGCGCCUUGCUCGCACGUCUGGCAUUUCAAGUGUAUCAGACCGAUGUUAAUCCAAGCACACCCCAAUUUCCUGUGUCCACUAUGCCGACAAUACGCAGAUCUUGAAGCAACCGUGGAGAAAGAGCUUGACGAAGUCUGGGCUGACGUGAUCAAAUCUUCCGACCCCAAGACGCCGAAAGGAGAGAUCCCAGAGCCGUUAAUGCAACCAAUCGCUGCUGCUAUCGGAUCACAAAACCCAACGAGUGGACUUACGCAAGCUAUCGACAGCAUGAAUGCGGAAGAAGCGGAAGAUACCCAGAUUACCGAGCCCACCGAUUCGGCUACAGCCGCGAUCAACAUGUCCGAUGAUGUCGCCAGCGGUUCCGGUGGAUCUGACAACGACAGCCUAUCCGCAAUCAUGGGCGCUGUUCCCAUCCCUGUUAAUAGACGUCUGCGUGCAUUGACCGAAAACGGUGUCGACGGCAACACGCCAAGGAUCGAUUCCGGACCCUUCGUGUUUGAUGAGACAUCGGCUAGGCAGGAUGGAAACAGCGUCGUUACCUCCGAUGUUGCGCAGGCGCAAGGUGGGAACCAGGCUUAG